AUGUCAGCAUCGGAAACUGGCAGAGCAGAGCAGGUGGCAUUCAACACCCGCCUCAGCCAGCAAGCUGGUGGAUUGCUGGCUGAUGUUACAGGGUUGGAGCGAUAUUGCACAGUAAGCUCAGGGCACACUGCAGCUUUUGUAAAAGCAGUUUGCUCUGGGUGCCUCACUUCCGAACCUGAGCUGGCAAGCAGCAAGGAAAGCCAGAGGCUGAACAAGGAGGAGCUGUGCCAGAGGGACCGAACCCUGAAGACCAUGGUCGAAGAGGGAUGGACAUGGACAGUGAUAGCAGCUCGAGCAGAGCAAUCUUUUCCCCAGUUGGCAGCCUUGGCUGAGGUGGCUUUGAACAGCUCGAAUGCCAGCUUUCAGCAGCAGCUGGAGGUGGAACUGGCACUUCAAAUUGCCAACUUGGCAAUGCAAACAACACAUCAGGAAAAGGUUGACUUCAGCAAGUUGGCUGAAAAUGUUUGCAUGAGCACUCAGCUUGCCAAGUACUGCAAGCACAUUGGGCUUUGGGUUGAGAGAUACAGCGAUGAUGGCAAGCUGGUGACAUUCCUGGCAACAUUCACAAAAGAUGCUGAAAGUUGCUUUCUGGGAGAAGAAUUCUGGCAAGCGGCUGCUUCCAGCUUGUGGCCCAAAGACCUGAGGCCCUUGUGCCGAGUUGCUCUCAUAGCUACAGGGCUGACAGCUCCCCCUAUCAAGAUUGUGGAUGGGUUGUCCAAACUUAUCACUCGAUCCGAUUGGGACAAAUUGAGAGGCAAGAAGCUGCAAGCUCCAUUGACAGACAUGGAGAAACAGCUUUAUGAUGCCUGGAAGCUUGUGGAUUUGGGCGAAGUGGACAUGAUCAGGGCAUUCGGUCGGAAGAUGGGCAGGGAGGGCAAGAAGCAUGACAGCUUGGCAGCAUGCUUUGCACUUUUUCAGCAAGAAGCCCAUCCUGGCCAAAUUCCAGCAGUUCCUGCUUCUGCAAGCAGCUCCACUCCAACAGCAGCUACCAUGCUCAAACUUGAUGAUGCCUACGACCCUCUGUUUGUAGCCAAGCAGAAGGUGAAGCUGGAGGUUGGUAACUUCUACACCAUGCCCUCGAAGGAGCAUAAGGUCUUCAAGCUCACCAGCAUGGACCCUGGAAGUUUGGUUCUAGAAUGGCAAGAUUUGUUUCAAAGAGGCCAAGAGAAAGUUGUGAUUUUUCCAGAAGAAGGUCCUAAGCUUUUGAGGCCUUGCAAAAGUGUGCCGUCCUUGCUGCCCCCUGAGAAAUUUGAAGCCCAGCAGCCCAAUGUGUACUUGAAGCAGCAGCUGAAAGAAACUGAAGCUUGGGUUGCUCUGCUCAAGGCUUACAGCAGCAAAUUUUCAAGCACGAACUUGUCGAGCUUGCUAGCUAUUGAGCCUCAGAGCAGGAAGCUUUUUGCUUUGACAAGAAUUAGCAAAGGGCAACUGGUGUUGAUGCCUGGCACAGAUGCUGUCAGCAAACUCUGCUUGACAGAGCCGGAUGGCAAGCAGAACUAUGGUUGCAUGACUUUCGAGGGUGUUGAAUAUUACAUCCUGCCACCAUCUCUGUUCAAAGAUGAGAAAGGCAGCACAGCACCCUACUGGUACAUUCCUAUUGCCGAAGACCAGGCAGAUGCCAACAUGGAUUUUCAAGAUGUUGUGAUCAGCAAAGGUGUGUCCAUCACAUGCCUUGUCAAUUCGAAAGCUCUGCAACAGCAACAGCAGCUGCAGGUGUGGGACUGGAAAGAUGUCAAGCAGCCAAAGGCCAAGAAGGCCAAAAAAUGA